AUGGUAGAGCUGUGGAUGACAAGAAACUUGAAUAUGUAUGAUAAUAUAAAACCAAACUCUGCAUCAUUGAAACAAAAGAUACUAAGCUUCACAAAGGAAUGUGGCAUAAGAGUCAAUGGAACCAUGAAAAAUAGUAUGUAUGAUCUGAACAUCAUUGUAAGCUUUGGGAUUAAAGGGAUCAAAAGCAGAAGCUCUACUGUGAAAGAAGUUUUCUUUAAACUACCACAAGAAGACCAAACUUUAAUAUGUUGUGAUGGUGCUGCCAAAGGUAAUCCAGGUGCAGCAGGUAUUGGCUUUAUAGGAAGAAAAAGUGAUGGUUCAUGCUUGGGAGCAGGGAGUGGAGGCUUGGGAAUUGCCACUAACUACGUUGCAGAGGUUAUGGCUUUGGUUGCAGCUGGAGAAUGGGCAGUAAGUAAACAUCUUCUGAAUGUAAUCUUUAGUUUGGAUUCAAAGGCAGUUAUAAUGGCAUUUGCAAGUGGAAAAAUCCCUGGAAUAGUCAGAAACAUGUGGAGAAGAAUACUUAGCUCACUUAACACUAUAGUUUUCAGACACUCGUACAGAGAAGUGAACUUCUCAGCCGAUGAUUUAGCCAAAAAGGGUACAAGUCUUAGCAGAGGAGAAGUAAUUCUAUAUGAUGGAAGACCAACUUUUUUGGGAAUAAUUGAACAGGAGGAUUCUCAUUAUUUUAGAUUCAUUUGA